GCGCGACGUGCGAGUUGGAGAGACGACUAGUCGAACGAAUCGUGUCGUAGUCUCAACUUCUUAUCCAAAGACGUGAGUCAACGGUGACUGCUCUGGUGUCUCCAGUGCCGUAAAAUAUUAUUAAGUCUUAGCCGUUUUAUCUUCAACACGAGUCUCCAUUCGCGGGUGGACAAAACCCAGACAUUUAUUAAUAUAGAAGUAGAGACGUUGAUUUAAGGAAGAAAUCUUACCGGUUAAUCAUGAGCUGGCAGGAUUACAUUGACAAGCAGCUGCUCGCGUCGAGGUGCGUGACGAAAGCAGCAAUCGCCGGCCACGAUGGAAACCUGUGGGCGAAAUCGGACGGCUUUGAAGUAAGCAAAGAAGAGCUGGCAAAACUGGUCCAGGGUUUCGAUUCCCAGGAAAUUCUCACGUCAUCAGGCGUGACUCUGGCUGGCAAUAGGUAUAUCUAUUUGUCUGGAACGGACCGUGUGAUAAGGGCAAAACUUGGUAAAGUUGGUGUCCACUGCAUGAAAACGGGGCAAGCAGUCGUAGUUUCCCUAUACGAGGAUCCAAUCCAACCACAGCAAGCUGCUUCGGUAGUCGAAAAGUUGGGUGACUACCUCCUUACUUGUGGCUAUUAGUCCGUCUGGAUGUCGCAGUUCCAUGUUGUAUUUCUGUGCACGAGUACUGCAGGUGUACUGAUGAUUACCUCUCAUAUAAGGGCAUACAUGUUGUUGGAUUGUGUUGGAGCUGCGACGCGAGAAGAAGAAAUUUAAAAACUCAUAUCACCAGAGAAUUUUAAAUAGACUACGAACAAGAUUUAUAAGACGAGAUCAUUGAUGAGGAUUUAAAAGAUGGAUUAAUUAAUUAAUUAAAUAAGUAAAAUUAAAGUUUUUAAAUGUUUAAAUAAAUAAUUGACAACAGUAAUAAUUUAAAAAAAGUUGUUUGGUGAUCCUGAAGUUGGCAGACAAUUAGCAGAUUUUGAAUUUUUUUUUAACGUUAAUUACAAAAAAUAUGCGUGAGUGUGAAUUUAGCAGACGACAGUUUAUAAAUAUUAAAUAAAUAAAUUUAAAAAAGGCGCGUAUUUUUCAAAUAUUUAAAUUCGUAUUUUCUAUUCUAUUUAUUUUUAAAUUUGAAAAAUAUCCUGAAGUUAACCGACAAUUAAAAAUUUUCGGAUUUUUCUUUUUAAAAAAAAACUAAAAAAAUGCAUGUGUAGAAAAUUUAAAAAUCUACAAGUGUAAUUUUUUUUUUUUUAAUUUGUCGCUUCAAAAAAAAAUCCAAAAAUUAUUAGACGUCGGCUAACUGCAGUAUCUGACAGCUGUCAAUUUUUUAAAUUUUAGAAUAAAUAAUUAAAAUGGAAGUCGAACAAAAAUAAAAAAACGCGUAUUUAGAUCAACGAAAAAUUGGCGCGCGCAUUUUUUUAAAUUUCACUUUAAUUUAUACAUUUAUUUAUUUCAAAUUUACAAACUCUCGUCUGCUACUCACACUCAUAAAAAAUUGCCAAUUGUCAGCUAAAAAUUCACACUCACAAACGCACGUGACAAUAGAAAAAUCUAUAAGUGGAUUUUAAAUAUUUUUUUCUAAUUUAUCGUUUUUUAAAAAUUCAAAAAUUAUUAACUGCCGGCUAACUUCAGUACAUGUUCAAUAACUGAUGACAGUUUAGAGUUUAAAUAAUAAUGGAAAUGUAAGAAAGGAAGUCCACAUGCCGGUUUUAUUAUAGCUCUAGCUUUGUAAAACGAUAUUUUUUAUCGUAAGUUUUUUUUUUUUUCUUUUGCAUACAUCAAAAGUAAGAUUGUGUUAAUAAAGUAAUAAAUUUGUAUAAA